GCCGGAGCCGAGGAGGGAGCUGAGCCGCUUCCGCCGACUAGAGCCUGCGGCCGGGGCCCGGCAGCUGCUGAGGCGUCGGCGGCGGCGCCGUGAGCGGCCUCUCGCGUCCGCCUCCUCCUGCUCUUCGUCCUCAUGAGCCUGGGCAGCCCCUUUUUCACAGAAUAAGAUGGAUGGUAGCUUUGAUUGUGAUUGUGGUGAGCUGGAGCCACCUGAUCAUUAACUAACAGCGUCUUUGCUAAACCAAGAGCUACCCCUUCCUCAAUGAACUAGACUGUAAACAGAGAAAAGGAAGAGGAAGACAAGCCACCCUAGCAUGAAGCUGCUCAGGACCAGUCCAACACUGAAUGUAUCUGCACUGUGAGGAGGAUGUUAAUAGAAGCUCAGUACAUGCCUAUUUAUUCACAUCUUUGUUAAAUGUUGACCAGUUUGGCACAGUAGAGUGGAGUGCGUAAGAUGUCACUUCCUUCCCUUUGAUUUACUUGGUGUUUCCUUUUAAUGUCUGCGGAUAUGCUGCAUCUUUCUUGAACUAUGAAUGCUGCAACCUCUCUCUCUGUGCCCAGCUUGGUCUGUAAAGAGUAAGGCUUAUCCUAGAGGGGAAACAUCAGGCCUGACUGGCUGGCAAUGCAAUGAGAGUAUCAAGAAACUACCCUGCAGUCAAUCUGGCAUUUUUCUUCUCCUUUUCUACAAGAUUCUUCAUCCACCAGUGGAAGCAUCUCUCUGUCCUUGCAGAAGUGUAAUAGUUUUAAGAGGGAGAAGCAGUAUACAGAGUUUCAAAAUGGCAGAGAAGUUUGAAAGUCUCAUGAACAUUCAUGGCUUUGAUGUAGGUUCUCGGUAUAUGGACUUAAAACCUCUGGGCUGUGGUGGCAACGGCUUAGUUUUUUCUGCUGUCGAUAAUGAUUGUGACAAAAGGGUGGCUGUCAAGAAGAUUGUCCUUUCAGAUCCUCAGAGUGUCAAGCAUGCUCUGCGUGAGAUCAAAAUUAUCAGAAGACUUGACCAUGAUAACAUAGUCAAAGUUUUUGAAAUCCUUGGCCCCAAUGGGAGUCAGUUGACAGAUGAUGUUGGCUCUCUGACAGAACUGAACUGUGUUUACAUUGUUCAAGAGUACAUGGAGACCGAUCUGGCUAACCUGGUGGAGCAGGGGCCCUUACCGGAAGAACACGCUAGACUCUUCAUGUACCAGCUGCUACGCGGGCUCAAAUACAUUCACUCUGCAAACGUUCUGCAUAGAGAUCUCAAACCAGCGAACCUGUUCAUUAAUACUGAAGACUUGGUGCUGAAAAUCGGUGACUUUGGCCUUGCACGGAUCAUGGACCCUCAUUAUUCCCAUAAGGGCCAUCUUUCUGAAGGACUAGUAACUAAAUGGUACAGAUCACCUCGCCUCUUACUGUCGCCCAACAACUAUACUAAAGCCAUUGAUAUGUGGGCUGCAGGUUGCAUCUUUGCUGAAAUGCUGACAGGGAAAACUCUCUUUGCAGGUGCCCAUGAACUUGAACAGAUGCAGCUGAUUUUAGAAUCAAUUCCCGUUGUGCAUGAGGAAGACCGUCAGGAACUUCUUAAUGUAAUCCCAGUUUACAUUAAAAAUGACAUGACUGAGCCACACAAACCUUUAACUCAGUUACUCCCCGGCAUUAGCCCUGAAGCUUUGGACUUCUUGGAACAAAUACUGACCUUUAGUCCCAUGGACCGAUUGACAGCAGAAGAAGCUUUGUCCCACCCUUACAUGAGUAUUUAUUCCUUCCCAACUGAUGAGCCCAUUUCAAGUCAUCCUUUCCACAUUGAGGAUGAAGUGGAUGAUAUUCUGCUGAUGGAUGAAAGCCACAGCCACGUCUAUAACUGGGAGAGAUAUCACGACAGUCAGUUUUCAGACCACGAGUGGCCUGUUCAUAACAACUUUGAAGCUGAUGAAGUUCAGCGAGAUCCAAGGGCUCUUUCGGAUGGGACUGAUGAGGAAGAAGUACAAGUGGACCCACGGAAAUAUUUGGAUGGCGAUCGUGAAAAGUAUCUAGAGGAUCCAGCUUUCGAUUCCCACUUCUCCACUGAGCCUUGUUGGCAGUACCCAGAUCACCAUGAAAACAAGUAUUGUGAUCUGGAAUGUAACCAUACUUGUAACUACAAAAUGAGGUCCUCUUCAUAUCUAGAUAAUUUAGUCUGGAGAGAAAGCGAAGUGAACCAUUACUAUGAGCCCAAGCUUAUCAUAGAUCUUUCUAACUGGAAGGAGCAGAGUAAAGAGAAGUCAGAUAAAAAAGGCAAGUCAAAAUGUGAAAAGAAUGGAUUGGUGAAAGCUCAGAUAGCUCUUGAGGAAGCUUCACAGCAACUUGCAGAAAAGGAGAAAAACCAAGGGUUUGACUUUGAUUCGUUCAUAGCAGGAACAAUUCAGCUUAGUUUGCAGCAUGAGUCAACUGCUGUUGAUAAGUUGAAUGACCUGAAUAGCUCCGUGUCCCAACUAGAAUCAAAAGGCAUAUCUAAAUCAGUAAGCAGAGAGAAGCAGGAGAAAGGAAUGGCUAACUUGGCCCAGUUGGAAGCACUCUACCAAAACUCAUGGGAUAGUCAACUUGUCAGCAGUGGGGAGGAGUGCUUUCUCAUAGACCAGUUCUGUUGCGAAGUAAGGAAGGAUGAGCAGAUGGAGAAAGAGAAUCCGUGCCCCAGUUACCUAGACAGGUUUUUUAGCAAGAAGGAAGACACUGAAAUGCUAGAAACUGAGCCAGCUGAAGACGGAAAGCUUGGGGAGAAAGAGAGAGAGGGAAGCCUUCUGAGUAAUAGUGGAGAAUUUCUCUUUAACAAGCACCUUGAAGCUAUAGCGAUUCCUCAGUUUCCCAGCCCAGUUGGCUCCCCACUCAAAUCCUUGCAGGCCACGCUAACGCCUUCUUCUAUGAAGUCAUCUCCCCAGAUCCCCCAUAAGACGUACAGCAGCAUUCUGAAGCACCUAAACUAAACAGCAGACGUUUCUUUUUGUAUUCAUGAAAUGUGUUCUUUUUUAUUCUAAGUAGUCUUUUUUUACUUGAAAUCAAAUGAUGUAACUUUGGUAUGGAUUUCCUUAGUUUUCUGUUUACCAUUGUUUUUACGAUCCAAAAUUCCUUUCUUAACAUGGCAAUUUUUUGUUAAAAACUGGCAUGUCGUUUGCACACAAGGGUAAAGAAAGCAUGACGGUGCAAAUUGGAGGAGGAAACAAGAAGAAAAAUGCACUAAACCCAUAGAAACACUCUCCUUUUGAACAACUCGUGCUUUGCAGAGGAAAAAUAAGAACCUUGCCUUGAAAAUUACACAGUGAGACUAUUCAUAUUUGCAUGAAAAUGUCUAUUUUUUCCCUGAAACGUUUUUUCAUUCAUAGGUAUUUUAGAAUUUUUCAUACUGUACACAUUUCUUCAGCACAUGAUACCAGCAGCAACUGUAAAUGAACGCAGAAUUUGGUACGCAUGUGUUCUCUACCUCAAGGUAACCGCAGUAUGUGGCAAGCGUCAACCACCCAUAGUGCUUAUCAUAAUGCACUUCUAUUUAGCCAGCAUCAUUGUAGUAGGUGGUAUUAUGGAGAAGAAGAAGAAAAAACAUUCAAUAUUUAUAAAUAUUCUGGUAUGCAUACUUUAUAGUGGAAAUGUCAAUAUGCAGCGUUUUUAUUUAUUUUAGCAAAUUAUAUUUUCUGUAAUGGUAGAAAGUCAAAUGCUUUUGGACUUGCUUUACAGAUGAAGUUCUUAUUAGCACUGUGGUUUGUUGCCUACAUAGCUGAAAUAGAGAUGAAAUAACAUCCCCUUAUUUCGAGGUGAUCCGUGUGAGUUUUUUAAAAGAGAUUUCACUUCAAGUAAAAUGUGUAUAGGAAUUUGAAAUUUGGAGGUGCUUGGUCUCUCUCUACAAAGGAACUAGGAAUUGUUUUAUCAUAAAAUGCUCCUAGAAGUCUUAAUUGUGUUACUUUUUUUUAAAACAAUUUUUGUAAUGUUAGUUGUGUGCAUGGAAACAAUUAAGGUACAACAUUACUGUAGGUUAAAGUUCUAUAUGGUCAGGCAUUUUGUUUUUAUUGUAUGUUUUUACUGAAUGAUGCCUUUGUCUCAUCCCUAAAGCAAGCAUGAGUAUUAAUUAGGUUAAAUGUAGCAUGUAGCAUCUCAGUCUUCUGGCAGUUCGUUUUGCCUUCUGGAUUUGGGGUUUUUUGUUUUCAUAUUUGGGAAACUCUGUAUCAUUGGCUCCCCUGUUUUAAAGAAAGAAAUGAAUAAAACACGGCCAGCGAAAACAA